AUGAAAGAGCAAAUGCGGAGGGAAGAGGAAGAGAAAAGUUGGACCGGGGAUCCAAUUAUUGCUGAAGAAAUGCGACAACAAAGUUCACGGGCUAGAGAAGAAUGGUUGCUUCGUCUAGAGCGAGAAGAAAAAAAAGAAGAAGAACGAUGGCGGCAGGAAAGGUGGAAAAGAGCGUCAAUGGCUAAAAUACAACCAUCGCGUAAGCAAAAAGAAAAAGAAGAGAAAAGGUAUUGCCAGCGACAAGUACAAGGUCGAGUACCAGGUCCAGUACCACACACAGUACAAGGUCCAGUAUUAGUUGAUGGAAGCUGGCGACUUGGGCGAUUUUCGAUCAGGACACUACCUCUAACCUUUCAGUAG